AGCCCUACAUAAUCAGUAAUACACGGUACAUCUCCGCAGUCGCUCGGGGCCUCUGUAACCUCAAGAACAAAGCCCUACACAACAACGCUUCUGUCCCUUGAACCCUUUCCUUCCAAAACUUCAACAAUGUAUCAAUGCCGCGUAACAAGUCCCCAAUAUCUCCGUCUGGUUAGGUUUUGCUUAUAAACCCCCAAAUGGGUUUUUUCAAUCGGACUCGAAAGUCUCUCGAAUCAUCAAAGUGUAUGUCUUUACUGUGUGCCUCCUCUAAAUUUAGUCCAUUUUCUGCGUUAUUUAGAGCUAACCCAAUUGAGAGUAGACUAAGUUGGUCCCAAUUCGUUUCGAGUCACCGUACAUUUUGUUCUCAUCCUCGCCAAAACAGUAGAGACAAUGCAAUAGACUUAAGCCAGUACCCAACCGAAAGGAUUCGAAACUUUUCGAUCAUUGCCCAUGUCGAUCACGGCAAGUCUACGCUCGCUGAUCGUCUCCUAGAGCUCACUAGGACUAUCAGGAGAGGCCAUGGUCAGCCCCAGUACCUAGAUAAAUUACAGGUUGAGAGAGAAAGGGGAAUAACUGUUAAAGCUCAGACAGCAACUAUGUUCCACAAACACAAGUUUCAUGGUCCUGACAUUACUGAUGCGCAAGAACCAGAAAGUGUUUUGCUAAACUUAAUCGACACUCCUGGUCAUGUGGAUUUUAGCUAUGAAGUAUCAAGAUCCCUAGCAGCUUGUCAAGGUGCUCUUUUGGUGGUUGAUGCCGCCCAAGGCGUUCAGGCGCAAACUGUUGCUAAUUUUUAUCUUGCUUUUGAAUCCAACAUAACCAUAAUCCCUGUCAUAAACAAAAUUGACCAGCCAACCGCUGAUCCAGAUCGUGUUAAAGCUCAGCUAAAAUCCAUGUUUGACCUUGACCCAAGUGAAGCACUCUUAACAUCUGCGAAAACAGGUCAAGGUCUUGAGCAGGUCCUUCCUGCUGUCAUAGAGCGAAUACCUCCCCCUCCUGGAAAUUGUAAUUCACCAUUGCGCAUGUUUUUGCUUGAUUCUUAUUAUGAUGAAUACAAGGGAGUAAUCUGCCACGUGGCAGUUGUUGAUGGUGCUUUACGCAAGGGAGAUAAGAUUUCAUCCGCAGCAACUGGUCAAGCUUAUGAAGUUCUGGAUGUUGGGAUCAUGCAUCCUGAACUCACUCCGACUGGAGUCCUUUUAACCGGACAAGUGGGAUAUAUCGUGAGUGGCAUGCGUUCAACCAAAGAGGCACGUGUUGGAGAUACUCUAUAUCAUAGCCGAAGCGUUGUAGAGCCCCUUCCAGGUUUCAAGCCUGCAAAACAUAUGGUGUUUUCUGGUCUUUAUCCAGCUGAUGGAUCAGAUUUUGAUGCGCUUAAUCAUGCAAUAGAGAGACUAACAUGCAAUGAUGCCAGUGUCUCAGUCACUAAAGAGAGUAGCACAGCACUUGGCAUGGGCUUCAGGUGUGGUUUCUUAGGCUUACUUCACAUGGAUGUUUUCCAUCAGCGGCUUGAACAGGAAUAUGGAGCUCAUAUAAUUUCUACUGUUCCAACUGUACCAUAUAUGUUUGAGUAUUCAGAUGGAAGUAAAGUAGAAGUUCAAAAUCCUGCUUCAUUGCCCUCAAAUCCCAAAAAACGGGUGACUACAUGCUGGGAACCAACAGUAUUAGCUACAAUUAUUAUUCCUAGUGAGUAUGUGGGAUCUGUUAUUACCCUCUGCUCUGAGCGAAGAGGCGAGCAGUUGGAGUACUCAUUUAUGGAUAGUCAACGAGCCUUUAUGAAGUAUCGCCUACCAUUGAGGGAAAUUGUUGUUGACUUUUACAAUGAAUUGAAGAGUAUAACGUCAGGCUAUGCCUCAUUUGAUUACGAGGAUGCAGAAUAUCAAGCCUCUGAUUUGGUGAAACUCGAUAUUCUCUUGAAUGGACAACCAGUUGAUGCAAUGGCAAGCAUUGUGCAUAAUUUAAAAGCACAACGUGUUGGUCGUGAGCUCGUGGAGAAGCUGAGGAAAUUCAUAGACAGGCAGAUGUUUGAAAUAACGAUACAGGCUGCUAUUGGAUCAAAGAUUAUUGCGAGGGAAACGAUCUCUGCUAUGAGAAAGAAUGUCCUUGCCAAGUGUUAUGGUGGGGAUAUUACUCGCAAGAAGAAGUUGUUGGAAAAGCAAAAGGAAGGAAAAAAGCGAAUGAAGCGCAUUGGAUCUGUCGAUAUUCCUCAGGAGGCAUUUCACCAGCUUUUGAAAGUUUCAUAGGGCACUCCUCAAAGAAUAAGCUGUGUUUGUAAACUGUGUCUUGUUCAUUUCUUAUAAAAUGUGGAAUUGGUUCAGGAUGCUAUUAAGGGCAUCAAAAUUUUUUAUUGUUUGGUGAGACUUCUUUAACAGGAAAACGAUAAGACAGUUUUUUUUUCUUUUUUUUUUUUUUUUUCUGUAAGGAAGUUUUGUCUAUCAUUUCCUUUUGUACCGUA